AUGACGGUUCCUCCAAUCAUCAUACAGAAGCUGGGAAUCCGGGCCAUCCCACUGUCCCAUUCACCCCCACAGAAGCUGGUGGGUCUGAGCUGUGUAGGAAAGUUCCGGUGUUCCACAUCUGGCUGCAUUCCGCUGUCGUCUCAGUGUGACGGCACAGAAGACUGCCCAUCAGGAGAGGAUGAACUGAGCUGUGUGCGUGUGAGUGGCCGUUGGCUGGUGCUGCAGCUGUUCUCUGCAGGAGUCUGGAGGACGAUCUGUGCAGACGGCUGGAAACACGACGUCACACAGCACGCCUGCUACCAGCUGGGAUACCCCAGCAAGACUCAGUGCCCAUCAGGGAUGGCUGUUACACUCCAAUGCCAAGCCUGUGGCUCCAGGCCUGGUUUCGGUGCGCGUAUAGUGGGGGGGAAUGUGUCGGGGGAGGGGCAGUUCCCAUGGCAGGUCAGCCUGCACUUCCACAGCGAGCACCUGUGUGGGGGGUCCAUCAUCACACACACCUGGAUACUCACCGCCGCACACUGCGUCUAUGGAUUUGCAUAUCCCUCCCUGUGGGCGGUGCAUGUGGGGCUCAUCGACCAACCAGUGAACGGGGCUCAGUCCGUUGCCGUGGAGAAGAUCAUCUAUCACAGCCGGUACCGCCCCAAAGGGCUGGACUAUGACAUCGCACUGAUGAAGCUAGCCAAUCCGCUGACCUUUAACGGAUUGGUGGAGCCCAUCUGUCUGCCUGGCUUUGGGGAGGAGUUUCAGGAGGGGAGGAUGUGUUGGAUCUCAGGCUGGGGCAGCCAGGAGUAUGAAGGUGAGCCCAGUGUCUCUCUGCAGGGUGCCAGGGUUCCCCUCAUAUCCACUAAGGUGUGCACGCAGCCAGGUGUGUAUCCAGGAAUCAUCUCUCCAGGAAUGAUCUGCGCUGGAUACCUGGAGGGAGGAACAGACUCAUGUCAGGGAGAUAGUGGAGGGCCGCUGGCGUGUGAUAGGGACUCGGUGUGGAGGCUGGUGGGCGUGGUCAGCUGGGGAGAAGGAUGUGCUGACCGCAACAAGCCAGGAGUCUACACACGCGUCACACACACCCUGCGCUGG